AUGCAAUACCGCACCAUGAGCACGCCCAGCUUGCAUUUCCAUCCCCAUAAGCUGUUGCUGCCGCUGCUGAGGCCGCCGCCAGUGAUCCUACUAGUCAUCCUUGCCGCCGCGGCUGAUGGGCAGCGUCCGGGUUGCCCCGACAAGUGCGGCGACAUCGACAUCGCCUUCCCGUUUGGCAUCGGCCCCGACUGCUUCCGCGGUGGCUUCGAGGUCUUGUGCAACCACUCCUACAAUCCCCCUCGCGCCUUCCUUGCUGAGAGCACAAUAAAGAGCAAGGUGUACCACUACGGCACGGUCCUGAGCGAGGGUCCUCAGAAUUCGUCAUGGCCGCUGGAGCUGCAGAGCAUAUCAGUCGCCACGGGCGAGGCACGAGUGUACGCCCCGAUCUUGUACCACUGCAGCACAAAUCGCACAAAUGACCCAAAUCAAACCGGGGGCUUCAUGUCCACGGAACAUGUUCUGACGCUCUACGACACGCCGUUCACCGUGUCGUUGACGCGUAAUGUUCUCAUCGGCAUCGGCUUGGAUGUCCAAGCUUUUCUGAGUUACGCGCCGGGGGGCUACACCUCCCAUGGUAGCUUGGAUUGCGACGCAAAAGAUUCCCUGGACAGCAGGGCCAGGCUUGGUGCGAGGAACGGGACGUGCAAUGGGCGGGGCUGCUGCCAGGCCACCCUUGUGGCCGACGACGGCGGCAAGCAUUUCAACUUGGAGGUCCGCGCCCACCACUCCAGCAGCACACUGAAAACCAACCCAUGCGGCUACGGUAUGCUCGUGGAGCAGUCAGGGUACAACUUCUCUACCAUGGACAUGCUGGGCAACAAGACGCUGCUCAAAAGUUUCCCUCGGGGCGUCGCCCUCUCGCUCGAUUUCGCCAUCCAGAGUAACCGGGGGUGUCCGCCGCCUCCGGACUCCGCCUGCGUCAGUGGCAACAGCUCUUGUGCCAUCGGACCAUUUACAUAUACUCCUGGGUAUUUCUGCAAGUGCUGGGACCAUUACAAUGGCAACCCAUACGUCCCUAACGGAUGCCAAGACAUUGAUGAGUGCCUCGAAAAUCCCUGCUCAAAUGGCGGGAUAUGCAAAAACAAGCCUGGAGGCUAUGACUGUCCAUGCAAAGUCGGAAUGAAAGAUGACGGCAAAGGGGGAACCUGCACAGAUAUAUUUCCUCUAGCCGCAAAGGUUACCGUGGGUGUAAUAGGUGGUAUUCUUCUCAUGGCGGUUCUAUCAUUUAUUGGUAUUCUUCACAAAGAGAAAAAGAAGACGAAAGAAUUUUACGAAAAAAAUGGCGGCCCUAUAUUAGAGCAGGCAAAUACCAUUAAACUUUUCAAAAAGGGGGAGCUCAAGCCACUUUUAAAGAAUAGCAACUUAAUUGGAAAAGGCUGCUUCGGUGAAGUGUACAAGGGGCUUCUUGACGAUAAAGAAGUUGCAAUAAAGAAGCCAAUCAAUGGUAGUGUGCUAGAGAGUGAACAAUUUGCAAAUGAAGUCAUCAUCCAAUCUCGAGUCAUCCACAAGAACAUUGUUAGGCUCAUUGGUUGUUGCCUUGAAGUUGAUGCCCCCAUGCUGGUCUAUGAGUUUAUCUCGCAAGGUAGCCUUGAUGAUAUUCUUCACCGCAACAAUAACAAGGUGGCCCUCAACUUGGAUACACGUUUAAAUAUUGCCGCACUGUCGGCGGAUGGUCUAGCUUAUAUGCACUCACAAGCAAACACUAGAAUUCUACACGGUGAUGUCAAACCAGCAAAUAUACUCUUGGAUGAUAAAUUUGCGCCCAAAAUUUCAGACUUCGGCAUAUCUAGAUUGCUUGCGAGAGACAAGGAACACACUGCAUCAGUCAUCGGCGACAAGAAUUAUAUGGAUCCGGUAUAUCUACAAGAAGGCCUACUCACUGAAAAAAGUGACGUCUACAGUUUUGGAGUUGUGAUCCUGGAGCUUAUUAGCAGCAGGAGGGCCAUACAUUCUGAGAAUGAUAGCUUGGUAAAGAGCUUUCUUGAUGCCCAUAAGAAACAGGAGAAAUCAACUGAGCUUUUUGACAAGGAAAUUGCAACGGCAGAAGGUUUAGAGCUUCUUGAUAAUCUAGCAGGUAUGGCAAUGGAAUGCCUGAGCCUUGAUGUAGAUAAAAGACCAACGAUGAUGGAGGUAGCUCAGCGACUACACAUACUGAGUCGAUCCAGUAAGGUGCAAGAUGUUUGUCACGAAGUAAUUUUUGACAAAAGUAAUGCCAAAAACAUGAGCAGUGGAGGUCUCCUUGGUUAG